ACGUCAUGAUACUCAACACUGCUCUAAUUGAUUUGGAUCUAUCCGUUAGUCUGUGCGCGGUCCAAAUUACGGAUCUCGGUCACAUUUCGUACUGUUCAACUUUAGCUAAAAGAAUAAUGGACUGCUUGAUGACCCGUGAAAUCUGCACGAAGAUGCAGUGGAAGACGCGUACCAAAGAUUCGCGGCCGGGUAUUUGCCCUCUCGUCAACAUUCUUUCAAUUUUCGGAGCAGUGAUGACGGCUGUUUUAGAGAAACACAACAAAACCACUUCAAUGGCCAAGAUUGUUUUUGCCGUCCAAGAAGCGAGGCGCCAGCAUCAAUGUGAAUACUAUAAGUCGUUGAACAUGACGCCAGUAAAUGAAUCGGAGGAGGAAAGUAGUUCUGUUCAAAAGAAAUGCGAAAAAAGCCAAGCCAUCCUACUGAUGCAACAGCGGACUAAGGCAAUCUUACAGGCAUUGGAAAAUUAUCGAGAAUAAUCACAAGCGCAUUGGAGAACAUAAUAUUAUUUCUUUCAAGUGAUUGUAUUAGUUUGUUGGUGAAUUAUUUCUUUUUGGUUUUCUACAUUAAUUUUUUCAAGUACCAAUAGUGAAUUGAAACAAUAAUUUGACUUUUUUAUGAUUCUCAAUUUCAACAACAAUAUAAUUUUCCGUUAACAGCACAUUUUUUGAAAAAGAUUUAGUCUUGCACUUUCUUUUCGGGGUCUACUGUUUAGCGUCAUUCAUUUCUCAAAUUAUUUGCAAUGGCCGCCAUGUUUUGUAAAAUGUCAAAGUGACAAAAUUCUAAUAUUUUGAUUUACGGGAGCAGAAAGCAGACCCCCACUAAACAAUUUAAGUUGACAAAGUUGUGAAGAAUGAAUUCAUUCUAGCCUUUUAUCUAAUUCAGUUUUCCCUGGAACUAGUGUGUGUAUAAUGGACUAACAGUGCAGAAAAUAUUUUCGCCUACGAUCUUAACCUGUUGCUAGUUAAGUUGACAGCAAAAUGUUUUACGGCAUUUCAAACUGUUGCUGGUAAAUUUGAAAAAGAAUUUGUGUAACUUUUAGCCUACUUUAAUAUGUUUUUAAAAAACAUCCAACUAAAAAGUUGGAUUCACAGCUUCAGCAACUACAAGAUUGGGCACGAAGAGAGGAGUCUAAUUCAAGAUCUGACAGAUGGGAAUCUUGCCUCCUCGCAAGAUCAGCUCAAAAAUGUUGGAUCAAAACCUACUUUGCUUGAAGCUAUGCAGCAAGAUUGGAAGAAAAAAAGGAAUCGCUUUUAGAAAAAAAAUAGGCUUAACUCUCUACUUUCAAGAAGAAAUGACGGCCUGGGUAGACUUACAGGGGAGCUCAAGGCUUUAACUGAUCAACUUGUUCAUGCUAAUAAAGAAAAAUCUGAAGCCCUUAUUAAAACUGAAGAGCUUAACAGCCAACAACUCACUUUGGAAUACAAAGAGAGAAGGCUGGACCAAGAACGGGAACUUAUUGUUCGACAACAGAGGCUUCUGCAAGAUGAACUUGAAACAAGAACAAGAGAGAUUAUGACCAUACGACGUGAGAAGACUUCAAGAGUGCUAGAACUCGAAGAACUAGAAGAAAACAUUGAAGCCAUGUCACCUGCGGCUUCUCGGUUGUUAAAAUCAGGAAUGACCCUAACUCAGAUUUAUAGUCAAUAUGUGUCUAUUUCUGAGCAAAUGCUAUUUGAAGAGGAAGAGAAUAAGAAAUUGAAUAACUACAUAGAUCAAAUUCUUCAGGAACACGAGGAUCGAGCGCCAACCAUAGCUCGACAACGCGAAGAUAGUAUCCUCAAAGAAAAGAAAGAAAAGGAGGCUGCUUUAGACAGUCAAAUUCAAGCACUUCAAGGACAGUUAGCUGAAUUAAGAGCUAUCGACGGCUUUGAUAAAGAGACUGAAGGCUGCGAUGUUCCGACUAUACCGGUGGAGAGUUUAAAUGUUAUAAGUUAUAUGUUAUACGUCGCAUGUUAUAAGUAACGUUGAUGAAAUAAAUAAAAUAAAGUUGACAAAAUCUGUU